UAAGCUACCUCCUGUAGCUGCUGCUCGGCUGCUGCUUGUUGUCCCCUUAAGGACUAAAGAAACACAACAAACACCGCUGACGUUCUCCGGGCCGUCUGAGAGAGCGUGUCGGGCCGCUGCUAUGGCUCUACAAGGCCCGGAGGAGCUCGGGGAGCAGGUGGAGGAGCCGGAGGACCUGGACGACCGGGACGCCAGCAGCAUCUCCCCGGCCGAGGAGAUCACUCUGCCCGCCGGGCCCGGAGGAGAGGACGAGCCGGAGGAGCCGCUGCUGCUGCCCUGGGACCGCUUCUCCAGCUGGCUGCACUGCAUCUGCGUGGUGGGCUUCGACCUGGAGCUGGGCCAGGCGGUGGAGGUUAUUUAUCCUCAUCAUUCCAAACUGUCAGAGAAAGAGAAAACAAGCAUCUGCUACCUUUCCUUCCCCGACUCCAACUCAGGUUGCCUUGGCGACACCCAGUUCUGCUUCCGCUUUCGUCAGGGCUCAAACAGGAAGUCAUCGCUGGGCUGCUUCCUGGAAACCACCGACCGGGACGCACCGCCCUGUCUGAAGAGGGAACAGGGCCAUUACUAUGGUUACGUGUACUUCCGUCAGGUGCGAGACAAAUCCCUGAAGAGAGGAUACUUCCAGAAGUCUCUGGUCCUGAUCAGUAAGCUGCCCUACGUCACCUUCUUCCACUCGCUGUUGAAGAUCAUGGCUCCAGAAUACUUUGAGAAACAAGAACCCUGUCUGGAGGCUGCUUGUAAUGACAUAGACCGCUGGCCGUCGCCACACCCUGGACGAAUCCUCACGCUUCCCAUUAUGGGCGUGGUCAUCAAGAUCCGCAUUCCGACCUGCUACGACAAACCAGGAACCUCACAGCUGGUCCAGUCGGCCCAGAGUGACAGCCAGGUGUCCAUCGUGCUCCCGACCAUCCAUGAGGUCGACCUCUUCAGGUGUUUCUACCCGGUCUUCUUCCACAUCCAGAUGCUGUGGGAGUUGGUGUUGCUGGGAGAGGCACUCGUCGUCAUGGCGCCGUCGCCAGCAGAGUCGUCGGACACCGUGCUAGCAUUGGUCAGCUGUAUCUCUCCUCUGCGUUUCUGCAGUGACUUCCGGCCGUACUUCACCAUCCACGACAGCGAGUUUAAGGAGUACACCACCAGGACGCAGGCUCCGCCGUCGGUCAUUCUGGGAGUGACCAAUCCCUUCUUUGCUAAAACCCUGCAGCACUGGCCGCACAUCAUCCGCAUCGGAGACAUGAAGCAAGCAGGAGAGAUGGCCAAGCAGAUGAAAGUCAAGAAACUGAAAAACCUCAAAACUCUGGACUCUAAACCUGGUGUGUACACUGCAUAUAAGCCGUAUCUCAACAAAGAUGAAGACAUCAUCAAACAGCUUCAAAAGGGUGUCCAACAGAAGAGACCCUCAGCGGCCCAGAAUGCAAUUCUUCGACGCUACUUUCUAGAACUGACGCAGAGCUUCAUGAUUCCUCUGGAGCGGUACGUUGCUAGUCUGAUGCCUCUCCAGAAGUCCAUCAGUCCCUGGAAGAAUCCUCCUCUCCUGCGUCAGUUCAUCCAGCAGGACUUCAUGAAGACGCUGGAGAAGGCCGGACCGCAGCUCACCUCCAGACUGAAAGGAGACUGGAUUGGACUCUACAGGCAUUUCCUCAAGUCUGCCAACUUUGACGGCUGGUUCCGCAACAGGAGGAGAGAGAUGACCCAGAAACUGGAGGCUCUGCACCUGGAGGCGCUGUGUGAGGAGGAUCUGCAGCAGAGAGUCCAGAAGCACUCGGAGGUGGAGACAGUUGAUCUGGUUCUGAAGCUGAAAGACAAACUGAGUCAGGCGGAGAGGGAGCAGCUGCCGGUUCGUCCGGGGACUGUGGCCAAACUGAGGAGCCACAUCGAGGCCGUCAUCCUGGCCUUACCGGAGGACCUGCAGGGCAUCCUCCACAAGCCCUCCACUCCCUGACCUUUAACCCCCUCCACCCCUCAGUCUGCAACUCUUACCCCAGUCUGAGCUUGUUUUAAAGUUUGGGGGGUAGAGGGUCUCCUCACAGUCGACUCCCGUUUCUUACUCUGACUGGGCCCCAGUUUGAGGACCUCUUCUGGUCUGACAUGGAAAGCACACAGCACAUUUUUGUUUCGCCCAAAAUAUUCAUCCGACUUCAGUUUUAAAUUUUUUACCCAAAAGGCUACCGUAGCAGCUCAGAGGGAUUCAGACCGUCUCGUUGAUCAUGUGGUGGUCGAACGAUCCGGACGGAGCUGCCCGACAUCAACUCCUCGGAAGUGGGUUUUUUUCAGGAGGUGAAAACAGCAGAAACAUUUUUUGAGGAGGUUUUUCAUCACAGUGACCGUAUGAAGAAAGGAAAAGGAGCGCUUGAUUCGUCACAGCUCCAGUCCUGAGUCUUUUUCUUUCUUUUCUUUUUUUCUUCUUUUUUUUUAAAACUUUGUCGACGGACAGCUGCAGUCCGGUGGAAAUGACUGGAGUUUUUUCAUCCAUUUUUUUAAUAAGAUUUUAUUACGUUUUUAAAAGAAGUGCACUUCAUCACUAACUGGACCAGUGUGCCCUUCACACACACACACACACACACACACACACACACACACACACACACACACACACACACGCUUUUAUGCAAACAAACUGAGCCGAGCAGAACCAAGCAGUGCUUUAUGAUUAAAUUGAACUACUAUAUUGCCCAAUAAAACACACACACACACACAGAGCAGCACCAGCGACCCUGUAAUAACUGUCAAUGCAGCAACCGACUCUUGUCUCUCGUGCUCAUUAGCCUGUAUCCAUGUCACAUGAUCAUUGUGUAGCCCAUCGUAACAAUCUGAGGGAAAAUAUUCAAAAUGUCCUGAAAUGUUCAGAAAAUCUUGAGUGUGAAUUAGUCAUUUUCUGAAGACUGAUUCCAAAACUUGAUUCUGAGCUGAAAACAGAUGCUGAGGAAAAUUCAUCAGACGCAUUAUUAACCAGCGCGUUUUUUAGAUGACUGGUGACUGACUGGUGGCUUUUGUGCGUUAAACAAACACUACAGCCAGCUUUGUUUUAACCGAGCUUUUUGGAUUCGGGGUUAAAAAGAUGCUGGUAUCUUACAGGAGACUCGAUGAGUUCGUCUCAAUCUGGUUCCUGUAAAGAUAAUAAGGGCGUCUUUAGCUGCAGCUCAACUGAUUGUUCUUACACUAAACUAAAUUUACUCCGCUGAAGAACAACAAUCAAACUCUGAUGAUCGUCCUGCUCAGGAUCCUCUUUGUUGCCUUCAGGCUGUAAAAAAAAAUAUAUGGCUGAAGUCUGUUUUUAAGUGUUUUGUGAAGCGCAAGAAAUACACAGAUGCGUCAUUCAAACUAAAGAAACUACAAAGUCAAAGACAAAAUAAAAUAAAUCCAACAAAUUUGGUUUUAAUAAAGGGAUAACUAGCACUGCUGUCCAUCAAAGCAUCAGUUUGCUGCACGUUUUAGCCCAUUUACUAGUAAUUUUCUUAAGACAUUUUUAUAUUGAUUUUUCUUUGGGUUGAGCUACAUUUUCAGAAUCAAGUCCUUUUAAAAAAAUUAUAUUUAAACGUUGAGAAAACAAUAAUGUUACUUGGAUCAUUUAUUUAAUUUGUUUAAACUUUUCUUUGCCACUCAAAUGUCAAAAUCUGAAGUUAAAGGGCAAAAACAUGUUAUAAAUAUUUUUUUUCCUUGAAUUUAAAUUAAUUAAAACGUAAAGCUUCUGACUUUAUUUUAAUUCAGGAAAAAAAUCCUGGACCCCUAAAAAAACAAAGUAAAAAGAUUUUUGAAACCAUCUACAAUUAAAGCAAUAACGGAUCAUUUUAUUUAUUUCAGAUAUUUGUAUUUUCGGGGUUUUAAAUGGCAAUAACUUGAUACCGUUUUCUAAAAGUGUAGUUAGUGGUUACACAAAGCGGCACGCACAGUUUGCAUUUCAAAAUAUCACUUGUUUGAAAAUGUUAGAUGGACUUUUUUUCAGACGUAUGGAUUGUGUAUUUUAUUUUCCUUUAAAGCCAUCAUGUAACACAUGUUGUAUAAAUGCUUUGUGAAGCAGAUAAUUGUAAAGAAAAAUAACAAAAAAGUGUGCUGGUUGGAAAAAACCUGUGACAUCUGGUUGUUGGGCAACCAUGUUAGUUUUAUAUUUGUAAAAAUAACAACUUAUUUUAACAAUUUUAAAUUUUUUAUGGAGGGUUAUUCUCAUAUUCCACUCUAGAGAAUUAAGAGUUUUGUACAUAAUGGUGUAAAGUGAAAUGGCGGCCCAGAUGUGGUGAUGUACAAUAAUUAUUUUGCUAUUUCAACAGAUGUCUUACUAAACGCAGAUAUAUAAAUAAGAACUGCUUCAUAAAAUGCUUAUUUACCUGUCUUAGAAAAAAUUACAAUAUUGUUGGGACAUGUUGACAUUUUGAAUUUGUAGUUUGAUAUCAGACACUGAAAAAAUGUUACGUUUUAGCAAUUAAUAAAAUCUGAUUAUAAUGUAAUUAAGAAGCCCUAUUCCCAGAAAACAUUGAUAUUAGACAAUUGAACAAUUAUGAUUUACAAUCAGCUCAUGUCAACUCGGGGACUUUUUAAGGUUAAUUAAAGAAUUGAAAAGAUUUGUUUAUGGCAAAUAACCUGUGGCUGAGAUGUUUAGUUAUCUAAGAGACGUCUAAUUUCUGCCCUGAAAGCAGUGCUGAAAGGAGUGUACAAAUACUACUAUUUAAUAUCAAAAUAUACAAAAAAAAAACAAUCUUCAAAAUGAGGAACGGCUCAGAAAAGUGGAUAUUAUGAUAUAGGAUCGUAAUUAUUAAUGAAUUCGUGUGUGUGUUUAAAGGUGGAGCUAAUUUUAAUUACUUUAUUUACUGCUGGGUAGCUUGAGUUUAUCCCCAAGGAACAAUAAAGUUUUUGUUAAAACUAAAUCCAUAAUAAUACAUUAUAAUUUAUUAUAUUUUGUUAAAUACAUAUGAAUCUGUAAACUAAGUAAAGUUCUCAAAUACAUGUGAAGAAGUAAAAAUACCACAUUUCCCUCUGAAUUGUAGUGUAAGGAAAGUAAAGUACUAGUACCUUAAAAUUGUACUUAAGUGCAGUACUUGGGGGAAAAUGUAAUUAGUUACUUUCAGACGCGGCCAGAAGGAUAAAAUGUUUGCCAGAUGUGAAACCAACAGCUAUAUUUAUACACAUUAGCCGGCUAGUUUGUUAGCCAGCUAAUGUGGACAGGGGAACAGUCAUAUAGCUGCGUAGCUAAGUUAGCAUGAGGCUAACACUUAAUGCUAACAAUACGCUCGUGACCUUUUUACUAUCAAGAUAUUUGGACCCAACACUGCAAAAAGAUAAUAAGACACUACUAAUUCAAAAUGUCAACGUCCUCUUAUACAAAAGCCCUUUAUGUUGCAUAGCUACACACAUUUUUGCACCAUUGACAUUCACUAUUUCUUUGUUUUUAUUGAAGCCCUAUAACCACUACUCUGAACCACUCUGACGGCCUGAAGGACUACAGGUUUAAUGAAAGUGCUGAUAAGAAGCGUUACAAGGAAAGUCAUGGAAUUUGUUUUUCACAUGACGGCCCACAGAUUGUUUUUUUGUAAGCCAAUUAAACGAUAAUUAUGAUAUUUAUCAGAGUUGUACGUAACUUUAUUGUAUCUUGAAACCCUGACAUUGUUUGUUUGCUUUGACUGAGUUUUUUUUUUUUUUACAUUAAACA